AUGGAACCGGUUGCAGUAGUUGGGCUCUCUUUCAGGCUUCCACAAGGGGCUGAAGAUGAGUCAAGUCUUUGGGAAAUGCUUCAGAGCCGCAGAAAUGUCAUGACUCCCUGGCCGGAAUCAAGAGCAAAUAUUGAUGCUUUCUAUAACCAAGACUCCAAUAGACUCAACGUGCUGUCUUCGAGAGGGGCGCACUUUUUACGGGAUGAUCCAACUGCAUUUGACGCCCCUUUCUUCUCCAUCACGGCUAAAGAAGCAGCUUCUAUGGACCCUCAACAGCGCUGGCUACUAGAAACAUCCUAUCGAGCGCUGGAAAAUGCUGGUAUACCUGUGGAAAGUGUCGCUGGAACUGACACAGCUGUGUUCUCUUCGUCCAUGGCCGAAGACUUUAUGAGAAUAGUUGCCAAAGAUCCAGACCAGGCACCCAUGAACACCGCUACGGGAACUACACCGUGCAUACUAGCCAAUCGACUGAGCUGGUACUUUGACUUGACAGGACCAAGUAUUCAAGUUAAUACGGCCUGCUCUUCAAGCAUGAUUGCAAUGGACCUUGCUUGUCGCAGUGUGCAAAGUGGGCAGUGUUCAAUGGCACUAGCUACGGGCUCCAAUGUACUUUUGAGCCCUGAAACGUCCAUCUACUUGUCAAAUAUGAAUUUUCUCUCAAAGGAUAGCCUCUGCUAUAGUUUCGAUCAACGGGCAAAUGGCUACGCGAGGGGCGAAGGAGUAGUUGUUCUUGUUCUGAAGAGACUCUCCGAUGCAAUACGAGCAGGUGACUCUAUUCGUGCAGUAAUUCGAGCAACUGGCACGAAUCAAGAUGGACAUACUCCAGGAAUCACGCAACCCAGCUUCAAUGCCCAAGAAAAGUUGAUUCGGCAGGUAUAUGCAAGCUGCAAUCUGGGCUUUGAUCUGACGCGAUAUGUUGAGGCUCAUGGUACCGGUACGCAGAUUGGCGACAUAACAGAAACCAAGGCCCUGGGUCGUGUUUUCAAGAAGAGCCGAUCAGUGAAGGAGCCCCUGUAUAUUGGCUCUAUAAAAUCGAAUAUAGGUCAUUUAGAGGGAUGUAGCGGGCUUGCUGGUAUCAUCAAGUGCAUUAUGAUUCUAGAAAGAGGAAUUAUUCCGCCCACUGCGUUACUAGAGGUUGUGAACCCCAAGAUUAAUGCCGAAUCAUACAAUAUACAGAUUCCAAAAUCCAACGUACAGUGGCCGAGCAAUGGCUUACGCCGAGUUUCCAUCAACUCUUUCGGCCUUGGAGGCUCUAAUGGACACAUUAUCAUGGAUGAUGCGUUCCAUACACUUGAGCUGUUAAACAGGAAUGCGAGUUCGAAAACUCUUUGCUCAUCACUUCGCGCCUCAGUACUAGCUACAGGGGACAAUGGGGAGAUGAACGGGCACCAUCCGGAUUCCUACUCACCGUCCCACCGCAAGAGACCUUCAAGUCUACUCUCCAACAAUGUAGAUCACAUGAACAAAACUGAAGUAUUUGAAAUUGAGGAAACACCUUGCCAAGUAUCAGCUAAUUCCAACGGUCGCUGCUCGACGUUACGUCGUGGCGAUUUGGACCCAACCAGUCCAAGCUCCGCUGCUGACCCGACGACAGAUGCUUCCAUGAAAUACCAGCUGUUGGUCUGGUCAGCGAGGGAUGAAGACGCUUUGAAGCGCGUUCAUCAACAAUAUGAGGAGUUCUACAAUUCGCAAUUGCGUGGUUCGGCUUCCUGCAUUAGUCAAUUGGCAUAUACUCUUGCUGAGCGCCGGAGUCGUAUGGCCUGGCGGUCAUACGCUAUAGUUAGUACCGAUGAUUCAUCGGGUUCUCUGAGCCUUCACACUUUGAGAGGUGUGCGUUCAUCACGAAACACGGGCUUAGCUUUUAUCUUCACCGGCCAGGGUGCGCAAUAUGCAAAGAUGGGUAUAGACUUGUGUUGUUAUCCUACCUUCCGGGCGAAAUUGGAAGAAGCAAGCGAUGUCUUUCAAGUCCUCGGCGCGGAAUGGUCAUUGUGUGAUGUGCUUCAAAGCGGGACAAGUAUUGACGCGCCUCAGUUGAGCCAACCAAUCUGUACUGCGCUUCAAAUUGCCCUGAUCGAGCUGCUAAAGACAUUCAAUAUUCGCCCACAGGUUGUUAUCGGUCACUCGUCCGGAGAAAUAGCAGCCGCGUACGCAUCUGGCGCCCUCUCCUUUGAAUCUGCCUGUAGGGUUGCCUUUUUCAGGGGUCAGUUAGCCGAAAGACUUAUCAGGUCUACUUCGAAGCCCGGGGCUAUGAUGUCGGUCAACAUUCAUGAAACUGAAGUGCAGUCUUAUUUGGCUCGAGCCCAGGUAAACGGGGAGAUAGGCAUUGCUUGUGUUAACAGCCCAUUCAAUGUGACACUUUCUGGAGAUGAGAGGGCUAUUGACACUCUUAAGGGAUACUUAGACAAGGAAAGCAUAUUUGCGCAAAAGCUUAAUACAGGUGUCGCAUAUCACUCACCUGCUAUGAGUCCCAUCGCAGGGGAUUACCUAAGUUGCCUGGGGAACCUUACCCCAGGAGAGUCACCUCGCGAGGUUACUUUGAUGGUAUCAUCUGUGACCGGCUUGAGAUACUGGGUUAACAACCUGGUUUCCCCUGUUCGAUUUGUCGACGCGCUACAAUAUGCCGUACUCGCCGCACCUCGGGCUGACGGAAUGAAGCCAAUAUCACAUUUUGUUGAGAUCGGUCCCCAUUCUGCACUUCAACGCUCCAUCAAAGAUACUACAGCUCAAACCACCGGUGGUAGAGACUUCAAAUAUCUUUCUAUUCUACGAAGGCGAGUCUUGCCUUUGGAAAGCGUCCUGGGCUCAGUGGGUCAGCUGUUUACAGAUGGGUACCCCGUAUCCAUCCAGGCUACGAAUUGUCCAAUGCCUCAGCGAGCUGGGCUACAGCCUGUUGCAAACGCGCCAGAGUAUCCGUUCGAUCACUCCCAGUUAUAUUGGCAUGAAUCACGGCUGAGCCGUAAUUGGAGGUUGCGUGGCCAGGUUCCGCCAAGUCUCCUUGGCUCGCGUGUCACCGACUGGAAUCCGCUAGAACCACGCUGGCGGAAGAGCUUAAGUAUUGAUGAAUAUCCCUGGCUUUUGGAUCAUAAGAUCGGCGAGGAAAUCUUCUUUCCCGCUACUGGAAUGCUGAUGAUAGCCGUUGAAGCCGUGAGCCAGUCCUUACGAUCAAGGGCUGGUUUCAACGCGGCAAUUGACGGAUAUCGUGUCAAGGAAGCAACAUUCAUGAAUCCCAUCACUCUCCGAGAGGACCUGAACGUUGAAGCUAUAACACAAUGUCGAACUCUCCAACGGGCACAUGAGAAAACAUCAUCGAAUUUCGAAGUUCAAAUAUUCAUAUCUUCCGCUGAAUCCUCCGACUGGACAGAAUGCUUCAAAUCAGUAAUCCAUGCUGAGCUGACCGCGACCUCGGGACAAGGAGACGACGGCUAUGAAGCCCGUGCUACAGCGGAUAAGUUCUUUCGUGAACACGAACAUGCGAAAUUGAUUUCUACGAGUCGCAUCGAUAAAAGCAAAUUCUACUCGUUCAUGGACGAUCAAGGCCUGAGAUAUGGCCCAUCGUUCUCCUUAGCAACGGAUAUCGCAUGGGACAACCGGGACACAUGCACAGCGCAUAUUGAUACCUCAGGGGUUGGCCUAUUUCAAGGGGUUGUCCAUCCUGGUGUUCUCGACGCCUGCUUUCAGAUCUCUGCAACGGCGCCGACUCAAGGCAUUUCAAAGCCGCUAUCAACAAUGGUUCCUCACAUUAUAAAGGAUGCAUGGAUCUCAGCGAAUAGGUGGCCAAGAAAGGGCCAGCUCGGAGUGCAUUCUGUGUCACAAUUGAAACCGAACGAAACCGGCAUCAAUUGCUCCAUAACCGCAGUCGCUGAUGAUGGGUCGCUGCUCUGUCACGUCCAGCGUCUUGAAUUGUUGUCUAUUGCGGGAAAUACUGUUGAUGACAAAAGACAAACGAGGAUACACGCCAUCAAUAGGCGGCCGCAACUAUCCCUUAUCACCGUGGAUCAACUGCAGAACUAUUGCAAGGUUCAUGAAUUCUCAAGUGAUGAGGGUGAGCUUGCGAGCGAUUAUAUGAAGCUGAAAAUUGCCCUUUAUGCCACUAUAUGGCGCGACAUAGAUGAGCUACGAAAAACAGAUUGGUCGACUGCGCCAAUAGGCAUGAAACAUUAUGUCUCUUGGAUGGAGAUGCAGCUUCAAGAGGCGUCUCUUUCACAAGAGAAUCUAGCAACCCUAGAUUCAGACAAUCAGCUGCAAGAACUUGUAGAUAAAAGGCCUUCGUGGAAGCUGUUCAUUGAGGUUAGUCGAAGUCUCACUCAUCUCGUCCGGGGAGAAGUCAACAGCGAUGACAUAAACAUUCCACAACUUGUCCAGAACUUUUAUGAGGCUGCGUUCGACGAUACGUGGCAGAAAAAGCUCGCCUCUUACCUACGACUCACAGCACACCAAAUUCCAGACCAAAAGGUCCUAGAGCUUGGCUUUGGUCCAUGUAACAUGACUGAGCACGUACUUUCUAUAUUUCAAGAAGUCGAGAAUGAGACGGGGGGUAUUGCUUUCUCUCAAUAUACUUACAACGACGUGUUUCUUUCAACACAAGCCCCUGAAUUUCUUGCGCGAUUUGCGCAGUUCAAAGAUCGCUUCCAAUUUCACUCACUCGGCAAAAAAGGUCAGGAUAUUACUGGAACUUGCGGAUCGAAGGAGUAUGAUUUAAUUAUUGUCAACAAUGUUGGAAGUAUCUCGAAUGGCCCUAGAGCUUUGAUCCAAAUGCUUGCAAACGCUCUCAAGCCCGGAGGCCAUCUAAUUCUGCGAGAAGUAGUCGAGCCCGGGAGCAUUCCUAUGAACUUCGGUCUUGGGAUCUUGCCAAACUGGUGGUCCGACGAUAAUGAGAAGUCCUUCUUGUCACAUCCUCGCAGUCUCAUUUUCUCUGAGCCGGAAUGGGAUGAAAUUCUCAGAGAGAAUGGAUUCACAGGGAACAACAUGGUUAUCAGAGACCGCAAACGUGCCGACACUCAUCAGGCCAGUAUUAUAAUCUCAGCUCGUGUUGAACAAGAUAGUGAAACACUUUCUGCCACGAAAAGGAAGAUGUUACUUGUUGUCAAUGAUAGUGAUAACGAAACGCAGAGGAACAUAGCAUCCAAUCUAGCAGACGGCGUCGCAGAGAAUGAAACGACAAUAUUCACUAUCUCGCAGCUUGCGGAGGCAGCAAUAGGGGCUGAAGACAUAGUCAUUUGGCUCGCCGAUAUAGGCAACCCAGUCCUUUCUGAUGUGACACCAUCCUUGUUUCGGUUGAUUCAGGACUGGAUGUUACGAUCUAAUAAGAUCUUGUGGGUAACUGGGGUGGCGAAGGUGGAGUCCGAGGCGGUCGAUUCCCUCUCGAAGCCUUAUCAUGGGUUGAAAGAUGGGUUUCUGCGAUCCCUCCGUGCGGAGCAGGUCAACAAGCAAAUUGUUUCGCUCACCCUAGAAGAUACGUCACCCCAUGCAAUUGCCAGAAACGUCGAGCACAUAUCCACUAUCUUCAACAAAGCCUUUAUGCUUCAGCUGCCUGAGCUUGAGUACAUAAUUCAGGAUGGAAUAAUCUCAUCCGGAAGACUAGUUGAAGUGGCUGGCGUUCAGAAUAUGCUCCAAGAUUCUCUUCGUCCUCAAAUGAAGACCAAAGCUUGGUCUUCUGGUCCACCUGUCAUGCUAAGUAUCGGGAGUCGUGGGUCAUUGGAAACUCUUCAUUUCAAUGAGGACCCGGAUGCUACCGCGGUCCUAGGCCCCACCGAGGUCGAAAUCGAUGCUAAAGCAUGGGGCGUCAACUUUCGUGACGUUUUUAUUGCCUUGGGGCGACUUGAAGAGGCCGAUUUUGGAUCUGACUGUGCAGGUGUGGUUACGAAGGUGGGAUCUGAAUGUACAUCUGUAAUGCCGGGCGAUAGGGUUUAUAUGUGUUCAAUGGGAUGCAUGCGAGCCCGCCCAAGAGCAGACCAGAGCGCGGUUGUAAAGAUCGCUAACUCAGUUUCAUUCGAGACGGCGUGUGGGACCGUUGGACCGGCUAUGACUGCAUGGUAUUCACUCAUAGAUGUCGGACGUUUGCGAAAGGGAGAAAAGGUACUUAUUCACGCAGCAUCUGGAGCCACCGGUCAGCUAGCUAUACAGGUUGCGCAGCUAGUUGGCGCUGAGAUAUUCGCCACAGUUGGAUACGACUUUAAGAAACAGCUGCUUAUCGAAAAGUACAAUAUCCCCGCCGACCAUAUAUUCUAUAGUCGGAAUACUACCUUUGCAGCGGGCAUCAUGCGGAUGACAAAUGAUACCGGCGUGGAUCUCGUAUUGAACUCUCUGGCCGGCGAAAGUCUACUGGCAUCUUGGAAUUGUGUUGCGCCGUACGGCCGUUUCGUCGAAAUCGGGAAAGCGGAUAUCUACGCCAACUCUUCGUUACCUAUGAGCGGAUUUGCAAAGAAUAUUAUGUUUGCGGCGGUCGAUCUUAGACAUAUGAUGCUGCAUAGAAAAGACCUGGGAAGACAACUCUUACUUGAAACCAUGGAUCUUGCCGAAUCAGGGAAGAUAAGUUGCCCGGAUCCUCUACGCAUCUACGAGAUAAACGAGGUAGAAGACGCAUUUCGGUACAUUCAAAACGGCAAAAACACCGGACGAGUGGUCAUAAGGAUCAACGACACAGUCCUAGUACAGAAAUUCGUUAUUGAUCGAAUUGACUUAAAAUUCGAAGAAAACGCUAGCUAUCUCAUUGCUGGAGGCCUAGGAGGUAUCGGACGAUCUAUACUGAAAUGGAUGGCUACUAGAAACGCCAAGUAUCUCAUCGUCCCGUCACGAUCUGGGACCUCGGGGUCUCAGAAAGCAGAACAAGUAGUAGCGUCGCUCCGACAAAGCGGUGUCACAAUAAUCACCCCGAAAUGUGAUGUAUCGUCAACAAGUUCGCUCUCCAACCUCUUAACCCAAUGCAGCGAAUCAAUGCCUCCUAUUCGGGGCUGUAUCAACGCUGCCAUGGCUCUUCAUGACUCCAUAUUUGAAAAUAUGACACACAAUCAAUGGGAAGGGACCAUUCAGUCGAAGGUGCAGAGUUCGUGGAAUCUCCACGCACUCCUCCCGCAUGAUCUUGAUUUCUUUAUUUUGCUCUCGUCGAAUGCGGGAAUUCUGGGAAAUAUGGGACAAGCUAAUUAUGCGGCUGGGUGCACGUUUCAAGAUGCUCUGGCCACUCACCGAAAUUCGUCUCCUUUCAUCAAUAGAAAGACUGCCAUCUCCUUGGAUUUGGGUGUGAUGCGAACUAUCGGCGUGAUAGCGGAAACUGCAGCUCUCCAGACAAGAUUCGGAGAGUCUCAAGGUCACGCGCCGAUCGAAGAAGAAGAGUUUUUUGCCCUGUUGGAGAUGUGCUGCAGCUCAGACCAGUCGGUAGCCUGCCAUAGCCAGCUUACAGUCGGUCUUGUCACUCCAGCGGACUUACUUCAUCGCAACCUUGAGCCAGCCGAGGCACUGAACCGACCACUAAUGGCGCAUUUUAGCAAGUCUCGCAUGAACAUUCAAUCAUCGCACCCAGGUGAUAGCGAUGACCCUACGUUAUUGUUCAACCUAGCCGAAACAGCGGAAGAGAAGGUCACCGUGGUUGUUGAGGCACUAGCUAAGAAGUUGGCGCGCGCACUCGGUGUGGACCCCGGGGAGAUUGAUACAGAUAAGCCGUUACAUGCAUUUGGUGUGGACUCUCUAGUUGCGGUUGAGUUGCACAACUGGAUCAACAAGAAAUUCGGAGCGCAAGUGCCAGUCCGUGAUAUUGCUGGAGAUAAAACCGUGAAAUUCGUUGGAGAGCUUGUGGUGAGCGCUAGCAAGGUGCAAAAGUAG